CACAGUUCAGAGAAAACUAAUUGUUACGUUCAAGUACUGUAUUGAAAGUACAAAAAAGCAUAACGUGCAAGACGGUCCUAAUUUACAGGUUUCCCAUGAGCGCUCGAAUUUCUUCAAAAGGCUUAAUUUUUUGGUGGUGAGAACAUAUAUUUAAAACAUAUUAGGAAAACGCUAUAUAACUAAAUUGGACAUAAAACAUAGUGAUUGGAUGUCUCCGCAGAAAAAAAACACAGUCCUCAUGGCGUCCUCGUCAUUCGAAAGUAUGCAGAUGACCGAGCAUGUGACAGGACGUGAAGGCAUCAUCGGCUGCUCUUGUCACAGAGCGCCAGGCUUGAGUUGAAACCAGUCGGUGGAGGAUGCCGUGAACGUCACAGCGCAACUUAAAAGGACCGCCUUUGAGAGCAUAACUUGUCUGCAAGCUUUUAUUCACGUUUAGGUGAGAGUCUAUGAUCCUGAAAGCCGCCUUGACCCUGACAUGGCUGAGGUCCCACCGCUCCAAGUAGACCCGGACUUUGAACCUCUCACUCGCCCGCGCUCUUGCACCUGGCCGCUGCCGGAGCUCAUCGACCCGACGAGCUCUACCACAUCCUCCCCGGCCCCGUCCGUGCAGCAGGAGCCGCCAGGAAACGCUCGCAAUCUCGGUUUACUGGAGGAGGAUUAUGAGGAGGAUGGCUCGUAUGCGUCUCACGCUGACUUCCACCGUCCUGAGGGGCUGCACCUCCAUCAACACCUGCAUCAGCCAGGCCCGCAGCUACCAGCGCCCCAGCAACAGGUGCCCCUUUCUGGCAUGUCUCCCUUGGGGGGCUCCAGCCAGAGGAAGAGCAGCUCGUCCCGACGGAACGCUUGGGGGAACAUGUCAUAUGCUGACCUCAUCACCAGGGCCAUCGAGAGCUCACCCGAGAAGAGGCUGACUCUUUCACAGAUUUACGACUGGAUGGUCAAGAGUGUGCCUUACUUCAAGGAUAAAGGAGACAGUAACAGCUCUGCAGGGUGGAAGAAUUCCAUCAGACACAACCUGUCGCUGCACAGCCGAUUUGUGCGCAUUCAGAACGAGGGAACAGGAAAGAGCUCAUGGUGGAUGCUCAACCCAGACGGAGGGAAGAGCGGCAAAUCACCUCGACGCAGAGCUGCUUCGAUGGACAACAACAGUAAGUUCGCCAAGAGUCGAGGGCGAGCUACAAAGAAAAAGCUGGCUCUACAAGAAGGGGCUGAGGGAGGAGCGAGCAGUCCCGGUUCUCAGUACUCCAACUGGCUGGGAAGUCCAAGCUCUCACAGCAACGAGGACUUGGAGGCCUGGAGCUCCUUCCGAACACGCACCAGCUCAGAUGCUAGCACCCUAAGCGGCCGCCGCUCGCCUUUCUCCUCUGAGCAAGAUGACCUCACAGAAGCCGACGGUCACCUGAUGUACCCUGGGGGGAGCAAGAUAACCGCUCCCUUACCUAGCCUGUCUGAAGUGUCUGGAUCCAUGGGGGGCUCAGAGAUUGUCAUGGAGAGCCUUGCGGAUAACUUGAACACGCUGUUUCCGAAGAACCCCUCAAUGGGCUCUGACUCUUGCUCCUGUAAUGGCGGCAUGCUUCAGAGCAGUCCCUAUAACUCCCUCCAGCCACAGCAGGACUAUGGAAAGUGCAUUUACGGCCCAGCUCGGAUGAACUCCAUGUCCCCUGUCUCCAUGCAUUCACUUCCAGAGGACAAGCGGGACUAUGGGCCUUAUGAGAACCAAUAUAUCUGCCCUGCUGGCCUCCUUAAAGAGCUCCUGACCUCUGAUGCAGACACCAGGAGAAACAUGAUUCCCUUCAAGGAUUCGCUUGUGUCUCACGUCGGGAGGGGGCGUUGUCCAGUGCCCACCUAUGACAGCCAGAGCCAACAGGUGGGUCAUAAUGGCACAAAAAUGAGCCAUCCCUCCCUGAGUCUUCCUGUUCUUCACGCAAAUCCACAAGCUAUACAUAACCAGGGUCCUCCAACCUCACGAGACUUGAAUAGCAGUAACAUGAUCCCCUUGACCAGUUUGACUAGUCUCUCAGGGGCCCCUCCUCAAAUGACGAGCCUGAGGACACAUCUGCAACUGUCCCGUGGUCACCCGGCCCUGGCUAACGAUGUCACGGCGACAUACCGCAGCAGCAGCAACAACGGCUACAGGGAACGUCACCCACAUGCUCAUCAUCAGGAUCGGCUGCCCAGUGACCUGGACAAUAUGUCCAUUGAGAGGUUUGAAUGUGACGUGGAGUCUGUCCUCCAUGACACCCUAAUGGAUGGCGGGGCGCUGGAUUUCAAUUUCGACCCAGCAGCAGGGACUCAAGUGUUCCCACAGAGGGUGAAGACCACCACACACAGCUGGGUGUCAGGCUAAGGUGGUGGAUCUCAUCCCGUGUGUGUGUGUGUCCCUUUAUCCAAUCCAUCUCUAAAUAUUUUUUAUUCUUCUACAGCUUAACCACAUUAUAAGACAAGAAAUGAUUCAUGUUGCUUAGAAAUGCUCAAUAUUGGCUUUUUUACCGAUAUACCGAUACUGCCCAACACUUCAUGACAGGUAUCGAUAUCGACCAAUACCGAUAUAGGCAAAGCUCUUCCCUCAAACUGAUGUCAGAUCACAUGUCGUGAAAUGCUUCUUUUACUGUGAUGCCAUGGAUGCAUUUCACGAAAUGCAAAAUAAGACAAAUACAGAAAUAUGCAAUGUAAGCUACAGAAAAAGUGCCAUAUUCAUUUUUAACAUUGAAUAUAGUCAUAAUAGUGAUAAAGAAAUCAAUUACCAAUAAUCACUUAAAUAACACGUUGUCUUACUAUCAACAAGUCAGACAGGUUAGUCUUAAUAAAUUCACAAAUAAGAAUCCAAUUAAAUAAUGCUGACAAUGAUAUUGGAAAUUGCACAGUUUUAUGUGACACAAGCAUCAGUAGAACAAAGUAAAGUGCAACGUAUGAAAUAAUUCCAGGCCGCAAACAUACUGAGAUAUCAAGGUUGUUGCUGUGACGACGUCAUCCUCGGGUGCCGAUGUCAUUAUUGGCAGAAAAAACGAUCCCGAUAUGAACCGAUACCUUGCUUUUAUGUCAAUAGUGCUAAGUGAUAAUAUCGGACAUUCCUAAGCUUGCUCUAGAUAAUAUCUCUUCAUGACACUUAUAUCUUUACCAAUGCAAUAUAUUAUUUUUAGCCUUGCUUUGCUACAUAAGUGGAAAAAAUAGGGCUGUUUUAGCUGCAGUAAGCUUGUUUACAAGGACCUGUUAAAUACUGGACAUGUGUACUUUUUAAUUAUGGUACAUAGUGUAAACCCAUAAUGAGUCACUCCCUGGGCUAAUUUUAAGUUAAAGAGAAGUGUCUGUUUAAUUAGUUAAAUUGGUAUCUUCCAGCUGGAAAUGUUGCAAGAAAUUGGCAACAUAUUGUAGUUAAUGGAAAACAUUUGCUAUUGUCAUUGUUUUGGGCUUGACUGUACACACAUUCAGUACAUUCCAAUAAAAAGUAUCACAUUGUCUAGUUAUAAUAACGUAAACAUACAAUAAUUCCUAUUGUACAGUAUAAUAUUUAUGCAUGGUGUAUUCGGAGUUUAUGAUAGAAAACAUCCAUAAGUGGGAGUGUCAGAUCUUUACUUGCUAUAAAGGAGUCAACAGGGUUUAUCCUUUAGCACACAGAUUUGCAAAUCAAUGGAACAAAUACCUCCAUAAUAUGAUAUCUUCAUCACUCAGUUAGGGUUAAAUGUGACAUGAACAUGACCAGUAUUGCGAGGGAUAUAUGCACAAAUGUAAUGUCCAGCUCUCCAUAUAAGAUUUUAAAAUAAAAUAAACUCCAACAGUAUUUUUGAACAUAAUAAAAAAAACAACAUAAAAAAUACAAAGACAUUGUACGGUGCCAUGAAAAUGAAGGUAGCUAAAUAUUUGCUGUAUUUUCCUCAAUUGAUGCUUAAUAUGAACUCCAUUUGUGUUCUAAAAUAAGCCAUUAUUCACAAACUGUAUCAUAUUUAUUUCUGCUUUUAUUAUUGUGGCUGUUUGGCCUUUUCUCUUUGGCAGUGCGGUAUAUUAUUUCUGCAUUUAAAGUAGUUGUUUUUUGUUGGUAUUUUUGUUUCAAAACAAGCAGUAAGAGGUGUUGCCAUAGUGCAUUAAUAGUUUGUAUUAAUGCAAUAAUUAUGAGUGGUUUAGUUUGGAAUGCAGGUGUUAGUGAAAACAUUUCAGGAAUUAUUUGUUGUCCUUUGAUGGAGUGCUUGUUGUUUUCAUUUAAAGUAAAGGGAUGCUGAAGAAACACUGCACUGGAGUUAUUUUAUGUGUACUUUUAUUACUUUAUUGCAGCUACAUUUGUUAUAUAGUUUUUAUUUUAAUAUUUUAAAGAAAAUGCCGAAUCACUGUGCUUACAAUAUCCUCUCAGGCUGUAUAUAUUAUAUUCUUUACUAGUUUUUUAUGGAUAUUUAAAUUAGUUUAUGAUUAUACAGAAAUAUUCUGCUGCAUGUAAGAUGUGUUACAAAUGGUUGUUUACGUAUUUCAGUUCAAACUAUACCAGUAAAUAUACAGUAUGAACAUUCAAUACCUCAAAAUAAUUUUACCUCUUAAGCCUUGAGGGAUUUUUUUUGUCCUCUACUCCAUAUUUGUAUUAUUUUUGUUUUGCAUUUUCAGCAUUUUGAAUUCAGAAUAUGGCCACCUCUCUUGUAUAUUGCAUGUUUUCUUUGAGAAUUAUAGCCAUUAGUUUCUAUAGUAUAUAUUUUUAGAUCCAAGAAGAAAAUCAAACUAAAUGAACAUGUAAUAAAUCAUGUUGUGCUGUAAAACUAGUUCCGUUUGUCUGUUUUAAUGAUGUUGUGCAGUAAUAAUGUGAAAAAAAGAUGAGGAAAUACCAAUUUAUGAACAAGGGGGUUUUUCUUUUGUCUUUGACCUCCCGGUAGUUGACAAUAACAUGUUCUUGCUAUUUGAUGCAAUCAAAAAGGCAUAACAAAUACUUAUUGUAGCAGAAUCACUACCUAAGCAGAGAAGCGCCUCUGAGACUUAAAGUAGGUGAAAAAUGGAAAAUGGGGCCUUUAAGCUUUGUAACACACGGGGUCAUGUCAAGCUCACAUACAAGCCACACACAAUUAAUCCCACAGUGGGAGCCAUUUACCUGCAACGAGGUGCAUACAGGGCAUCUACAUCACUGGUGUCAAACUCAAGCCCCAGGGGCUACAUUGUCUGUACUCACUCAUCAUCCAACUAUAUUUCUGGCAUCUAUUAACCCUUUCAUCAGUUAUUAUAUACUGCAUUUUCUAUUACUUAUUAUGACAGUGUAUUAAUUUAUUUACAGUGAUUAUAAACCUUGACUCCUAUUGUACCACAUUGUCCUACUGUCUUAUCAUUUUCCAAUGUAUUUCAAAUUGGCAAAGAGUAAAUCUGGAAUAUAGGAAGUAAACAAAUGUACAGUGUUUUCCCGCUCUAUCGCGGUUCACCUUUCAUGGAUUCGCUGUUUCGCGGAUUUUUUUAAUGCUUGUUUUUUUUUUAUUACAGCAUAUGAACACUGUUACAGGCCGAGCCUGGCCCUUUAAGAAGAACUGCAUUGUGAAGUGCCUAUCUCUUCCCUCUCUGUCUGUUUGCACCGCCCAUUGUUGUCUGCAUCCUGAUUGGCUGUAGACCAUUGUCAAUCAAUCUCUUCUGUCAUCGCUAGCUUGCUUGCUUGCUAGCUUGUAAAUGAAUCUUCGGUUGGUCUGUAGCAAUAUGUUUUAGCAAGGAUACAAAAACGCUACAAUACAACGGAACGGUGCCAGGAUGAAAAGGCACGGUAACAGGAGUGAAAUGUGCGUGACUGACUUAAUAAUUUAUUGUGUUGAUCAUUAAGGUUGAUCAUACAAAUUCAAACAAAGGUUUGAACUUUUUUGAGAGUGCUUAAACGAGAGAAAUGUGAGAAAAGUGUCUGAGAAAAGUGUAAAAAGUGUAAGGUGAGGGGUUUUACAGCCUUAAAACAUAAUAAUUGUAUAAAAAUGAAGUUCUGCUUUGCGGAUUUUGCUUAUUUUGGGAACCUAUCCCCCGCGAUAAAUGAGGGUACACUGUAUUGUAAUUGAUGUGAAACGGAAAAGGGGGUAGGAUUAAAUAAGCUUCUUCCUCCUCAUUUUUGGACAUAUGAAAACUGUGAAUUGUACUAUGUGAGGUAUUCCAAUGUAACUUGUAUGCAUGUUCAAAAUAAAUUAAACCAUUAUAGUUAAAAAAAUAAAAUAAAAUAAUUACAUAAUACAAUUAUAUUAAUAGACAGUAUAUUCACUAUUACAAGCUGCCGUCUGAAAGCAGUCAUAACUGUGAUGUGGCCCUCAAUAAAAUGAGUUUGACACCCCUGGUCUACAUGUUCCCGAAGUGGUAGUUGUUUUCAGCUGGACAUCAUGUCGCCUCUCCUGCCUGACUGAUCAAUAAAGACUGGGUGGUCAACACGGGUUAAAAGCACACUUGCUUAUUUGUUGUACUUUCAACCAAAACAUGUUGCAAUGCAGUACAACCCACAGUGGGACACAAUCCAUUCAAGGGUGCUGAUUGACCUUCAUUUUGGAUUUCAAAAUAAUUAAAUUUUUACUUAAAAAAAAUAUUAAAAUAAGUUUGUGUCAAAUUGUCACAGUUGUAAAGCGUUUAUUAACUGUCAUGCAAGUGUAAAAAAAACGUUAACCACAACAGAGGAAAACUUGUGUGCUCCCCAUUAACUCUGAUGACACACUUUUGCCUUCUGGAAGAAGUUUUGUUCUUUUUUUACAGGUCCACUCACAGUCUCCAUAGGUCCCUAAUGUGGCACCCUAGGUGAGAUUUUGGCCCUGUUCACACCGGAACGUUGUUGGGAUUUUUUUUUUCUGAAAAAAAGUCAACUUUCCCACUCUGGACGCCGCUGCCAGUUUACAUACUUACAAAAGAACUUCAACAGCAUUGCCUUUACCAUUGCCUGUACCAUUGCAGGGAAUUUGUAGGGUAACGCAGGGGUCCCCAACCAGUUUAAAAAAAUACACACCAAAAAAAACCAACUUUUUUUAAAUAACAAAAUACAAUUUUAAGUAAUCAAUUUUGGAAAUAUGGGCCAUUAUUUUAUUUUUAAAAAAUCAUGUAUUUUGAAGUUUUUGAAUGUUUAUGUUGUUUAUUGCGAGUGUCCCACUUUGUU